CCGACGCCUCCCACCUGUGGCUGCCGACCGAGUGGCCGCGGAGCCUGUCGGGAGCGCCGGCUCCUGCCAGUUCACCUCUGACCCCGCCUCGUCCCACGGCCACAACACGGAAGAAUGGCGUCAGAGCAGCACCGUGCCCGCCAGCGGCUGCGGGUGGUGGUGGGGCACCUGCGGAGGCCGGGCACCAGCAUCGGGGCCGGUCCCAGGCCCGGGCCCGCCGUCAGUCAGUGCCGGGCCGUGAAGCCGGCGGCGGUGGCUGCUGCUGCGGCUGACGGUGCCGCCGCCGCCAAGUCAGCGGGCAGCAUCCCCAGGCGGAGGCAGGAGAUCCUGAAGUGGAAUGGAUGGGGCUACAGGGACUCCAAAUUUACAUUUAAUAAAAAGGGGCAAGGUGAAUUUACAGGCAAAAGGUAUCGACUUAGUGGCAUGGUGCUUCCAGCUUUGAAGGAGUGGAUGGAAAAAUCCUUUGGAGCAAGUUUGGAACACAAAACAACCCCAAGGACUACACCAAAUUUAGAAGAUCUUCCAUUACCCAUUUUAAAUGAGGAAUGUCUCAAGGACCUAAAAGACCUAGGAAUCCCGUUUUCACAAGAUCCAGAGGAUAGGUUAAUAAGAUCCCAUGGCCACUGUUUACAUGAGAUUUUUGCUCUACGUGAAGGCAAAGUUGAACGAGUUCCAGAUGUUGUAAUCUGGCCAAGCUGUCAUUCUGAUGUGGUCAAGAUAGUAGAGCUGGCAUCUAAGCACAAUGUUUGCAUCAUUCCAUUUGGUGGAGGGACAAGUGUUUCCGAUGCUCUGGAGUGUCCCACAGAUGAAAAACGAACUAUAGUUUCUUUGGAUACUUCACAGAUGAAUCGAAUUCUGUGGCUUGAUGAAAAGAACUUAACAGCUCAUGUGGAGGCUGGCAUUACUGGGCAAGAUCUUGAAAGACAGCUUAGUGAACAUGGUUAUUGUACAGGACAUGAACCAGAUUCAAUGGAGUUCAGCAGCCUUGGAGGCUGGGUAGCUACGAGGGCUUCAGGCAUGAAAAAGAAUAUCUAUGGUAACAUUGAAGAUCUGAUUGUGCAUAUAAAAAUGGUUACACCAAGAGGCAUAGUAGAGAAAAGCUGUCAAGGUCCAAGAAUGUCAACUGGCCCUGAUAUCUACCACUUCAUUAUGGGAUCUGAAGGAACACUCGGUGUAGUUACAGAAGUCACAAUAAAGAUCAGAUCUUUGCCUGAAUAUCAGAAAUACGGUUCUAUUGUGUUUCCAGACUUUGAACAUGGUGUGGCCUGUUUACGAGAGGUAGCACGGCAGCGAUGUGCUCCUGCAUCAAUCCGUCUAAUGGACAAUACACAGUUCCAGUUUGGGCAUGCACUGAAACCACAAGUGGCCUCCAUUUUUACUUCAUUUUUGGAUGGACUGAAAAAAUUCUACAUUACCAAGUUCAAGGGAUUUGAUCCCAAUGAAUUAUGUGUAGCAACCCUACUUUUUGAAGGUACCAGAGAAAAGGUUCUUCAACAAGAAAAGCAUGUUUACGAUAUUGCUGCUAAAGUUGGAGGCCUGGCAGCUGGAGAAGAUAAUGGACAACGGGGCUAUAUGCUAACAUUUGUCAUUGCAUAUAUUCGGGAUUUGGGCAUGGACUAUUACAUCAUAGGAGAAUCAUUUGAAACCUCUGUUCCUUGGGACCGGGUACUUGACCUCUGCAGGAAUGUCAAGGAGAAACUAGUAAGAGAAUGUAAAGAAAAAGGUGUUCAGUUUCCCCCUCUCGCUACGUGCAGAGUCACCCAAACCUAUGAUGCUGGAGCUUGUGUCUAUUUCUAUUUUGCUUUUAACUACAGAGGUAUAAGCGACCCCAUAGCUGUAUUUGAGCAAAUUGAGGCUUCAGCCAGAGAGGAAAUACUUGAGAAUGGAGGAAGUCUUUCUCACCAUCACGGAGUGGGAAAGUUGCGAAAACGAUGGUUGAAGGAAAGCAUCUCUGAUGUUGGUGUGGGGAUGCUGAAAUCUGUUAAGGAGUACGUGGAUCCCAACAACAUAUUUGGAAACCGAAACCUCCUAUAAAUCAAAAUUGUGCUCAGCAAUAAAAGCUUGGAUUCUUGGAAAGAAAAGAAAUCCCAUUGUCUUAAACCUGAAAUCUCCAGACUAUCAAAAAAUUAACAUACAAUUUGUAAAGAAAGCAUUUAAGGUAGAAUUAUUUGGCUGAUUUCUUUAAUGUGGGAUUCAGAGCACAUAUUUGCAGAACAGAUCUGUGUCAAGUGCAGUGCCCUGUUCCACUAAACCCGAGAAUGUUUUUGAUGAAUGUGUUCAGCAGCAAGGAUGACAUACAAAUGUUGGAAGUAAAUCAAAAAAUGGAUGCUUGGAGGUUGCUUAUAAUUAUCUUGUUUUUUUUAAAAGGCAUGGUUGGUCAGCUCUGCGAUUUCUGCCUAUUUAAGUCCUUCAAAAACUUCUGCACUAAUUACAUAGCCAUACCUGCUUAUUACAGUAACAUUUUUGCAUGUUAAUUCAAUUCUGUAAGCAAAUGUUACUAAAUGUUAAACUAUCAACUUUAUACGAUGUUCACUUUAAUUCUGUGAUUUUUUUUCUUUGUUUUCCCCAAAGGGAAAAGAUAUCAAUGUACAGAGUGCACACUGUAACAAACCUCCUUUGUGAAUUAUGGGUUUCUGAUUAAAUAAAAAUACUGCAAUUGUUUACUGUUCUAGGAAGAAGUGGUAUUCUUGAGUGUGCACUGGAGAUUAAAAGGAUGACCUUAAUAUUUGCAUAGAGAUACGUGGAUGAUAUUUCUUAUCAUCCUUACUAAUUAUAUUUUGGAUUAUUUCAAUAUUGCGUAUUUUUUCAGUUGUCUUUGUAUGAGGCUGUUCUAUUAAAAGUUUUGCUGAGCAUUAAACAGGCUACAUUGAGUUUCUGUAAAUGGAAAUCUAAAAUUACAGCGGUAAGACUUUUUAUUUGUAUGUGUACUGGAACUUGUUACACUUAAUAUAACAUUACUGUAGUAUAUCACUCAUUUUGCUACUCGACAUCAGCAUUUUUGCUUGGUUGAAAAUCAAGUUUGGUGCGUGAAAACUUGUAAUCAGCUGUGCAAUGUUCUCUAUUACAUUUGGAAAAUAUGUUUAUAAUUCUUCUGGAAACACCAUUUUGUUAAAUGUAUUGCUGUUAACAUGAGUUUCUGGCAUUUCAUUUGUGAAAGAAUAACUAUGAUAUUGGGGACUGUCACCAAUAAUGUGUAAUCACGUGUGAUUGAUUCUUUUUUUAGUGCCCUAAAUUGGUUGUGGAUAUGGUGUGCCUUUUGCCAGAAGUAAUGUCUGUAAAGUUGAUUGUUUUCUCUUCACUCCUCACUUGAACUAAGCAGACAUGCAUAUUUCUCAGGCAUAGAACUUAUUUAGAUAAAAUACACUGAGCUAAUCAUAUGCCCUGCUUCCAUAUAUAUAAGAAACCAUCCCACCUGUCACUUGAAAAUUAAUAGUAAUGUGCUCAUAUACAGAGAAAGGGAGCAAGAGGAAACAGAUUGAAGCCAGUCUGAGCUGUUUAGCGUUAAGAUAACUAAUGAACCUGACCUUGGGUAAUUUUCCUUUUGUUGGGAGUGGAGGUAAGAGAAGCGAUUGGUGGGGUGGGGGGAAGAUUGGAAGAGUUCCCGCUGCCUUUCCACAACCAUCUGAGGAAGUAACCCAAGGAUUGGCAGUAUGCAGAACACUGGCUCCAUUUUUCAGUCCAGAGAGGUAAAAUGGAUGAUAAAUUACAAAUAAGAGAUACUUGGCUAAAAUUUGGCUCAGUGCUUUUUGGUUCAUUUCUCCCUUUAUUUGUAAUAAACUUUAUAUAAAAAAAAAGUACUUUUUGAAUUUUCAAUUUCCCAAGUGUUUUAUUUUCUGGAGGUGAUUUAUAAAAUAAGCAUGUCAGAGCUUUGUGAAUCAUUUGUAAACAUUCUGUACUUGAACACUGUUUUGUCAACCUAGUUUUCAAAGUUUCAUAUUUUCAACUUACCUAAGCUAUUUCUUUAACUCUCUUGGCCCCUGCAUUUCUGUUGGCAAAGCACUGAUGUGAUGUAAUUUGGAAUUCACUUUAAAUAAACUUAUAAGGAAUUGCU